AUGUCCGAGUGUCCUGUGGUGUCUCACUUCCGGUCGACGGAUCUAAUACAGCCUUUGAAGCAGCAGCCAGAAACUGUUCACUUUAAAGGAGUUUUCCCUCCGCGAAAAUUCAAAUCCAAUCCGGACCUCGUGGCGCUGAAAGCGGUCGAACAGAACCGUUUCGAUAGGAUCCCGUCGCCGCCGGUUUGCGGUCCGGAAGUGAUGCUGAUGAAUCGUAAAAUGGAGAAACUGAACCCCCGGGAGGAAAAAGUCGUCGCAAAGACUCGUCUAUAUUUACGGCCGAGCUCUCUCGAGAUGGGUGAUGGCAAGGGCAAUAGGAAACGGAAGCUUGUGCCAGAGAACGAGAUUGAUGAGAUUGGUCAAUUAUGCCAGGGAUUUUCAAACCAACUGUCCUUGUUGAAGUGAAUAUACAAAUGUUUUAAUAGAAGUUAUUUGAAUGAAAUUUAAAUGUUUAGAAGCGGAUGCUUCAGUGGGAUCCGAACGUUAGAACUAGUAAUU